GAGCAGCCACGUUUCGCCACGUCUCCGCGCCUGCGCAGCGCGGUGUUCCAGUGCUGUUCCGGGGUAGCUGUGUGUGUCAGUGUCCCACAACAAGAUCGGUCUGGGGGGGAAAGGGAUCGAGGAUCGGAGUAACGCUUGGGAUCGCAGUAAAACCAGCCGCGGCCCCGGUCAUUUUCAUAACACUAAAGCGCUUCGGCUUGGUGGGGGGAGACAUGAAUUUCCUGCGGGGAGUGAUGGGAGGGCAGCCGGCCGGGCCGCAGCCUUCGGGUGCAGAGACGAUUCAAAAACUGUGUGACAGAGUAGCUUCAUCCACUUUGCUGGAGGACCGCAGGGAUGCAGUCCGGGCUCUGAAGUCUCUUUCAAAGAAAUAUCGUCUUGAAGUUGGUACGCAGGCGAUGGGUCACCUGGUUAACAUAUUACAAGCAGACAGAUCAGACUCAGAAAUCAUUGGAUAUGCGUUGGAAACUCUGUACAAUAUGAUCUCUAAUGAUGAAGAGGAGGAACCAGAGGAAUCAGAAGAUGGAGAUUCCUCAGGUCUGGGAAAGCGAAACAGUAAAUCCGUUAUGUUGGAGGAGAAUUCGCAGAAGCAAGCUGAUGAUCUGGGGGUGCAGUUCACCGAGAUAUUCAUUAAGGAACAGGAGAACGUCACUCUGCUCUUGUCACUUCUGGAGGAGUUUGAUUUCCAUGUGCGCUGGCCAGGAGUGAAGCUUCUUACGGCCCUGCUGAAGAACCAGUGUGCUCAGGUUCAAGGGGUUAUCCUUGUCAGUCCAAUGGGUGUUUCAAGACUGAUGGAUUUAUUAGCCGACUCAAGAGAAGUUAUACGAAAUGACGGUCUGUUGUUGUUGCAACAGCUGACCAAAGGAAAUGCGGCCAUUCAAAAAAUAGUUGCUUUCGAAAAUGCCUUUGAGCGACUGCUUGACAUCAUUACUGAAGAGGGUAACAGUGAUGGAGGCAUCGUGGUAGAGGACUGCCUUCUGUUGCUACUGAAUCUUCUGAGGAACAACAGCUCCAAUCAGAACUUCUUCAAAGAGGGCUCCUACAUCCAGCGAAUGAAGCCCUGGUUCGAGGUGGGGGACGACAACUCGGGGUGGUCAGCGCAGAAGGUGACCAAUCUCCAUCUCAUGCUGCAGCUUGUCCGAGUGAUGGUUUGUCCAGUCAAUUCUCCGGGGGCUACAAGCAGCUGUCAGAAGGCGAUGUACCAGUGUGGUCUCCUGCAGCAGCUCUGUACCAUCCUGAUGGCCACUGGCGUCCCUGCUGACAUUCUGACUGAAACCAUUAACACUGUAUCUGAGGUCAUCCGAGGCUCUCAGGUGAACCAGGACUACUUUGCCUCAGUAAACGCCCCCUCCAACCCCCCCAGACCGGCCAUUGUCGUACUCCUGAUGUCCAUGGUGAAUGAACGACAGCCGUUUGUUCUCCGGUGUGCGGUCCUCUACUGUUUCCAGUGCUUUCUCUACAAAAACCAAAAAGGCCAAGGAGAGAUUGUUGCCACACUGUUGCCCUCAACUAUUGAUGCCAACUCGAUCUCGGCCGGCCAGCUGCUGUGCGGGGGGCUCUUCUCGGCGGACUCCCUGUCGAACUGGUGCGCGGCGGUGGCGCUGGCCCAUGCGCUGCAGGACAACCUGACGCAGAAGGAGCAGCUGCUGAGAGUCCAGCUGGCCACCAGCCUGGGCAACCCUCCCGUCUCGCUGCUGCAGCAGUGCACCAAUAUCCUCUCCCAGGGCGAUAAGAUCAGCCGGAGGGGCAGCAAGGUCCAGACGAGAGUUGGUCUGCUCAUGCUUCUUUGCACCUGGAUCAGUAACUGCCCCAUCGCGGUCACUCACUUCCUGCACAAUCAAGCCAACAUUCCAUUUCUCACGGCGCAGAUCUCCGAGAAUCUCGGAGAGGAUGAGCGGCUUGUGCAAGGCCUGUGUGCGCUUCUUGUGGGAAUCUGCAUCUACUACAAUGACAACUCCUUGGAAAACUACACCAAAGAAAAACUGAAGCAGCUUGUUGAGAAAAGGAUUGGGAAGGAGAACUUUGUGGAGAAGUUGGGCUUCAUCACGAAGCAUGAGCUGUACUCCCGAGCUGCUCAGAAGCCCCAGCCUACGUUCUCCAGCCCGGAGCAGAUGCUUUUCGACCACGAGUUCACGAAACUUGUGAAAGAACUAGAGGGUGUUAUCACAAAGGCAGUGCACAAGUCCAGUGAGGAAGAGAAGAAAGAGGAGGAGGUAAAGAAGACUUUGGAGCAGCAUGACAGUAUUGUGACGCAGUACAAGGAACUGAUAAGAGAACAGGAUACACAGCUAAAUGAACUGAAAGAGCAGGUGUCAUCUUUGAAAACUGAGAAUGAACAGAUGCAAGCAACAAUAACACAUCAGCUGUCGCAGAUACAACAGCACAAAGAUCAGUACAACGUCCUGAAGCUAAAACUAGGGAAGGACAGCGCUCAGCAGCUCAGCGCCCAGGCCGAAGGAGCCCAGGUGAACGGGCUGCAGUCUGAAGAGCUCACUGGGCUCCGAGAGGAGGUGGAGGAGCUCAGGAAACAGCAUGCAGAGCUGCAGGUUCAGCUGAGAGAGAAGGACGCCCUCAUCGACAAACUGAGAUCAGGACCAGCACCACCUGUGGAAGGAAUAGCUACAAGUUCUGAAAACAAUGCAGAGCUUCUGAAGGAGCUGGAAACAUUGCGAAGCAAAGUCCAAUCGCAGACGGCAGAGAUCGGUCAGCUCCAGGCCGAGAGACGAGACUUGUUGAAGAAGGUGGAAACCUGUUCAGCCAUGGUCUCAGUUCCGACAGCAGCCGGCAGCACAGACGGAGCAGGAGAUUCGGGCAAAAUUGCAGAACUCGAGAGCCGGCUUGUGGCUCUGAUGGGAGAGACAGAAAAAUUAAAGGAGGAGGCGAAGAGCUCUUUGGAGUCGAGGGCCGGCUUGGAGCGGCAGCUGGCAGAAGCGAACAGCACCGUGGCCAUCCUGCAGACGGAGAAGGCCAAGCUGCAGCAGGAGGUGGCGGAUUCUAAGAAGGAGCAGGACGAUCUCCUCAUGCUGCUCGCUGACCAAGACCAAAAAAUUCAGACUUUAAAAAGCAAGCUAAAGGACUUGGGAGAACCGGUACGAGGCUUUUACUCUGGAUUUGCUCUGUGUGAAAACGGCAUGCUCAUUCAUGGAAGCAUAGGGCUGGCCUUUUGGCAUAGUGGAAUUGACAACUGUUUGGCAGAGGCGUUAUAUGGAUUCGAGCUGAGAGGUGCCACAGAGACAGCGAUCGAAUAG